UUCACACUUGCCACGAAUCUACGGCGCCUAUUAAGUUGCACUAAAUGUUUUCACCACUUUGAUUCAUUUUCCUCGCUCCAUUAACAUAGCAAUAUUGUUUGGAUGGCUAUGAUGACAUCACCGGUGCUCUUCAUCAAAUAUGAAAAAUUAAAUCAGCUCAAGGAUGAAUUCAGAUCAAGACCACGUUAUUACUGACUGGUGCAGAACCAGCUAUACUUGGACAGUGAGAUGGGAAAAGAUAACAAUCUUGUGCUUGUCUGCCUACUGUUACCUGCUUACCCAAAAGGUGUAUCUUGAGGUCUUAUUUCCUGGACCAUGUGUCAUUUUACCUGAUAACCUUGAUUUGUACGAUGGUGCCACCGGAGAAAGUGAAGCGAUUAUGAGUCCAGCAGAAUGGUAAUGGACAUGAAGAACUCUGUCCGGCACACUUUUGUCCCUCUUUUUUGAACUGUAUCUGAAAGCAAGAACAACAUACAGUUUUCAUGUGACUCUAUACAUCUUCUAAAGCCCAUUGUGGUGAAGUCUAUGUCUGUGUUUGUUUUCUUGUGUCUGUGUUAGUGGCUGUGGAUGUUUGCCUGUUCUUGUCAUUUCCUGCUGGUGAUCAAGUCAUGCCACGUGGAAGAAAUGUCAGCAACAGCUGUUGCCUCCCACUGAACCUGAAUGAAGACAAUGCCCGUUUUGGCUUGCUGGCGGCCCUCAUCCUCCUCUAUCUGCUGUGUGGGGCGGUGGUGUUCUCCGCACUCGAGCAGCCCUCUGAGCUGCAGGCUCACAGGCGCUGGGACAAUCAGCUGGCUAACUUCACGGAGCUAAACAGCAUAAACCUGAAAACCCUACAGGUCCUCCUAAAGCAAUAUGAGGAGGCCUUUGCUGCUGGCAUCAGAGUGGACAAACUUAGGCCCCGCUGGGAUUUCUCAGGAGCCUUCUACUUUGUUGCUACAGUGGUCUCCACUAUUGGCUUUGGCAUGACCACUCCCGUCACCAUUGCAGGCAAGAUCUUUUUGAUAUUCUACGGACUCAUUGGCUGCGCAGCAACAAUCCUCUUCUUCAACCUCUUUCUGGAGCGCAUCAUCACGAUGUUGGCCUACAUUAUGCGCUGGUGUCACGAGCGACAACUGCGCCGCUCUGGCAUGGGAGGAGAGGAGGCCAGGAGCGAGGAUGACAGUCUGGAAGGGUGGAAACCAUCAGUCUACUACGUAAUGCUCAUUUUGGGCAUCGCCGCCAUGCUGAUUGCAUGCAGUGCUUCUGCAUUGUACUCUGCCAUGGAGGACUGGGACUACUUUGAGUCCUUGUACUUCUGCUUCGUGGCCUUCAGCACCAUUGGCUUCGGAGAUGUAGUGAGCAGCCAGCGAGAGAUCUAUAAAGCUCAGGAGGCCUACCGUUUAGGCAACUGCCUCUUCAUCCUCAUGGGUGUUUGUUGCAUUUAUUCCCUGUUCAAUGUCAUUUCCAUUAUUAUCAAGCAGACGCUCAACUGGAUCCUCGGCAAACUGGACUCCAGCAGGGCUCAGUGUCCCUGCAGUGGCCGUCCAUACAGAAGAAGAGGUCGGGCCUGCUGUUGCUUUCCAUGCAUUUCCAACCAGCGGCACAACCACCACCCUCCACCGGGACAUUCCCGGCAGAGGGCUCAAAAGCGCAAUGCCGUGCACCCUGCCCCGGCUAACGAAGCGGCAGGAAAGCGCUUCACUAAUGCAUCAGUGGAAACAGUUUGUGAUAGUGAGACUGAUGUUGGCUUAGGACCAGAUGGAGGUUAUCUGACAGGGCGCAGACAGUCUGGAGAAAUGAUCUCAGUCAAUGACUUUAUGACCAACAAGGUUUCUCUGGCCAUUCUACAGAAGCAACUCUCAGAGACCGCUCACGGUAAUCCAAGACAGAGCCAUGUUCGCCAUAACGGCUUCUCCGGUGGAGUGGGAGCCUUUGCUAUCAUGAAUAACCGCCUUCAGGAGACAAGUGUCGACAGGUAGAUCGGUCAUACAAAGAUGACAUUGGAUAUUGCACAUUAAAGAUAACUUUUAGUAAGGGUUGACUGAAAUGAGAAUGGUUUUCAAAUCUCUGAAUUUGAAUUGCAUUUGAGUUGCGGUAACAAACAGGAUCCGGAAUUGUAAUUCAAAUGUGAAUCUAAAGGAAGUAGAGUUCAAAUGAAUUGAAAUGCAAAGAAGUGUAGCCUAUAUCACUAACCUGUUGUUGUUUGGAACAACAUGAAGGUGAGUAAAUGAAAGAGUCAACUAUCCCUUUAGGACAACAGUUGAUUGUUGGCUUGACAAAGCCUUAGUUGAAAGUUGUGGGGAAAAGUUUUAUAGGUCUUGUGGUCAGAUAAAAAGACAUAUACAUUUGAGAAGUAUUCAGUAAAUUCCUCCUACUGUCAUUCCAAACCAGAUUCCCAUUCAACUUUUUGGAUAAUUCAAUUAAAAUUCACAUUCACUUACUAAAAGACAACAAAUUCUUCAGUUCUGAAUUUUUUCCAAACCCUGACUGAGGAUUAUUCGCUGAAAAAAGUAAAUUAGCAGAGGUUUUAGCAUUUAUUAAAGAUGUUAAGUGUAGGCUACAUUCACUAUUGUAAUGCACAGUGCAGAGCAAAUGAGAUCAAAUUAAAAUAGCCAUUUACCUCUGUAGAUCAGAAGGACAGUGAAUGUUAGCAUUUAUAAAUGGCUUCAAAUUAUUAUUAUUAUUAUUACCCUUCUUACAUCAUUAUAAAUAAAGCAUGUGAUUUUAAUGGUAACAUCGCUUCUCAGAGUCACUUUGCUGCUGAAGUGAUUGGCCGGUGUGGUGAGCAAUCACACUGUGCCUCUAGAGAGAUCCUUUAACGGCUCUUCACGAAAACAGACUGAUUUUCGAGAGCCAGGCAGAUGCAGCCACGGCACUUACAGAAAGACAGUCCCCAGGGGAAGAAAUACGAGUGUCAGUUGUCAAAUCAAAGGAAGAUGGUCAGUAAUAUUCACUGUUUAAUCGUUUCUAUCAGGCUGCCGUCUGUGUAGAAUAGAUUGUCUUAUAAGAAACAAACUAUCUCGAAUGAAUAGCCUGCAAAUAUACCGCAGUAAAGAUAAUACACUGCAGUUACAAAUACAUACAGCCUUUUAGCACAAGGGAACUAAUGUGAUAGUUUCAUCAGUAUUUAAAAGACAAACUAAUUCAUCUGUAUAGGUUUUGUAGAUGUAUAUUGUUAACACAAAUAUUACUUAUUUGUUACAUAUUUAUUUUGGUAUCAGCAUUUAUGUGUUUCGGAUGUACUCACGUCCUUUGCAGCCUAUUGUUAUUCAUAGAGCUUUUGAAAUCUGUUUCAGAGUGACACUUUUAGGGGUCAGUGACAUAAAUACAAGGUUGACAAAUUGCAAAGGAGCGAGUCUCUACUGC